GGAUCCAUGUAAGUACUACUCAUUUAUACUGAAUUUCAAUUUCUUCGAGUUGGGCCUAGAUUGCCCAACUGGAUAUCGUCGGCCCAUCCCAUUCUAUUUUCAUUCCAAUACAGCCAAAGCCCAGGAAGGCCAGCAGUCAGACGCCUGCUGCCCUACUAGACACUAGUUACUACUUACGACAAAAGAUUGCAUUGAGCCAAAAACUUUGGAAUAUGUUACUACAUGUAUUGCUUUGAUCUUGAGGGUCUGGUUCUGUCUGUAGGUACCUCAACUGUUUGUUCGACCAUCUUGAUGGCUUAAAGCUAGACUGUGUUGUUGACACCAAUGGGGUCUCUUGGAGCAGAUUUUGUUUCUCCCAAUGAUGAAAAGGAGUUGGAAUUUGAUCCAAGUGCUUUUCCUCCAUUUAAGUUAUCCGAAAUUCGCUCUGCAAUUCCAAAGCAUUGUUGGGUGAAAAAUCCAUGGAGAUCCCUAAGUUAUGUGCUCAGAGAUGUCGUUGUAGUGUCUGCAUUACUUGCCCUGGCACUUUUCUUGGACAAUUGGAAAUUCUGGCCUGUCUAUUGGGUUUUACAGGGUACAAUGUUUUGGGCAUUUUUUGUUCUUGGUCAUGAUUGUGGUCAUGGAAGCUUUUCUGACAGUGCAUUUUUAAAUAGUGUGGUUGGCCACAUUCUUCAUUCUUUUAUCCUUGUGCCUUAUCAUGGAUGGAGAAUUAGCCAUAAAACUCACCAUCAGAACCAUGGCAAUGUUGAAGCUGAUGAAUCUUGGGUGCCGAUGUCAGAGAAGCUAUAUAAAAAUCUUGAUUUCGCAACAAAGUUUUUUAGGUUCAAGAUUCCAUUCCCCCUAUUAGCCUAUCCUAUAUACCUGAUUAGUAGAAGUCCUGGGAAAAAGGGUUCUCAUUUUAGUCCAUUUAGUGAUUUGUUUCAACCUCAUGAGAGAAAAUAUGUGGUUAUAUCAACGUUGUGCUGGUCUAUCAUGGUUGCUAUCCUCUACUAUCUAAAUUCUGUUAUCGGCUCUCUUCAUCUGCUAAAGAUUUAUGGGGUUCCCUAUAUGGUUUUUGUGAUGUGGUUGGAUUUUGUGACAUAUUUGCACCACCAUGGCUAUGAACAAAAGUUGCCUUGGUAUCGUGGCAAGGAGUGGAAUUAUUUAAGAGGAGGAUUAACUACUAUUGAUCGAGAUUAUGGUAUUUUUAAUAAUAUUCAUCAUGAUAUUGGCACUCAUGUUAUUCACCAUCUUUUCCCUCAGAUACCACAUUAUCACCUUGUGGAAGCGACAAAAGCUGCAAAGCCAGUUCUUGGGAGAUAUUACAGGGAACCAAAAAAGUCGGGACUAAUUCCAUUUCACUUGGUUGGAAAUUUAGUGAAAAGCAUGAAGCAAGAUCAUUAUGUUAGUGACAAUGGAGAUAUUGUUUUUUAUCAGACUGAUCCAAAAACUCUUUAAAUCUUCUGUUAACAAGGACAAAUGAGUAGUCGCUUGACAAAUUUAAAAGAAAUAUAUAAGAAGUAUAUCAUUAUUAAAAUCAUCCAGUAUUUCCCUUAUUGAUUAUGUUUAACUUUAAGUAGUUGCAAAAUAUCUUAUUAUUUUUGAGAGGGGUUUUGGCUCUUUAUUGUAAUAUCUAUAGUUUUGGCUCUUUGGUAUUACAGCUUUAAAUCAUCAAGAUUUCUCUUCAAUCA